AUGGGGGACAUACAUUUGAUUCUUGUUGUACAAAAGGCUACUGGUUUAGGAUGCAAGAGCACGCUGCGGAGUAAACCGAACGGAUAUGUUACUAUCAACUGGGUGUUGGGAUCGCGACCUCAAGAACAUCGGACUCAAGUCGUUAAAAGCACAACGUCUCCCUUAUGGGAAGAGAGUUUUCGAUUGUUUUCUCAAUCGAUGGACUCGACGAUCACAUUCGAGAUGUUCGACAAGGGCUUUGGAUCCUCACAUUCGUAUGGGACCGUUCAGAAGACGGUCAUGCCAAUGACACCUCGACUUAUAGACAUCAGCUUUCCUCUUGGCGAUGCAAUUCUUUCCAUCAGGGUGGAGAAGGAAGACACGGACUCGGCCUUAUCAGACACUCUGGCCGAUGCUCAACGAGCGACCCGUGACUUUGCGAAGGCGCCAAAUCAAACUAAGGUCACUACAUCGGCGUACACCUCUCUUGGCGGAGUUGUCGAUUCUCUGAGCAAGUUGAUGGAGAUAGCGGAUUCCGCCGCCCAAAUACAUCCAUACAUCAACGUUGCCUGGAAGACCGUAUCGUCAGUAUAUAAGGUUGUCAAAAAUCAACUAGACCGCGAUGAAGCAAUAUGUGAUCUCUUAGAAACUAUGGCCAUACUGUACGGAUUCACUGUCCCUCUCGAGGUUAUGCGUAGGGACCACACGGAGCUAGACAGUACUCUGGUGGACGUUAUCAAGCAGAUCUUACAGCAAACCAUCGAGUGCUCUCUGUUCGUGCAAGAAUACAGUGGCAAGGGCUUCGCUGGCCGAUCUAUCAAACAUACCUUCUCCACCACUGAUGAGAGGGUCAGGACUUUCAAAGCAGCCUUUAUUUCCUUGGGAAAUUCCCUAGAUAUGGGUUUAAGUGUUCAGAAUGCCUUGGUAUCUAUACGCAUAGCCUCCGACGUACAAGACCUCGCCCUUAGAAGCAAAUUGAACCCUGCUGAAAUGGAGUGGACCGGUCGACCCACCUGCCAUCCUCGCACAAGACUAGACAUGCUCCGCACCAUUACGGAAUGGAUUAUUGAUCCAAAGGCCAAGUCCAGGGUUCUCUGGAUCACCGGUCUCGCGGGCGCAGGAAAGAGCACGCUCGCUACUACCGUCGCCAACAUGUACGCGGAGAAUGGGCGACUGGGCGCCUUCGUGUUUUUCGACCGCGACGUAAAGGAACGAAGCGAUCCUACAAAUUUCCUCCGAACGCUUGCUUACGAGCUAAGCCGGUGUGACGUCCGCAUAGCUAAGGGGAUAAAGGGUGCCGUCGACAUGAACUCUCGCAUAGCACAGAUGCAGCUAGACGCACAAUUCAAGGAUUUGGUUCGGAUGCCUUUAUUUCAAGCUGCAUCGGAUACCGCUGAAGGCCAAUCACUCGCAGACGAAGGGCCAGUUGUCAUCGUCAUCGACUCUUUGGACGAAUGUGGCAACGAAUCCACCCGAAAGCAGCUACUGAAAAUUCUUGCGAAAGAAACAGCAAAAUUGCCCAAAAUCGUUCGUGUUAUCAUCACCAGCAGAUCCGAGCCAGAUAUCGUCGGGGCGUUCAGCAAAGAAUCACACAUCAAACACCACGAGCUUGAAGUCCUACCUCACGAUGGCGACAUAUCUGUGUACAUUCAAUCGCAAUUCAAGGAAAUCGAGGAGAAGAACUAUUUUGACGAAGGCUGGCCGGCGCCUGAUAAGCUCAGACGUCUGGUUUCACGUGCUGGUGGCUUGUUCAUUUGGGCUUCGACAGCGUGUAGGUAUAUCGAUUGUUACGACCCAGAUGCUGCCCUCGAGGACCUCCUGCAAGGCGAAGGAUUCCACGAAGGGUUGGACGACCUUUACAGCAAGGCUCUAAGAGGUGCUGGGGAUUGGAAAUCACCUAAAUUCAAAGACGAAUUCCAAUCCAUCGUGGGGACCAUCUCGGUCGCCAAAAACCCUAUAACUACGGAAACCAUUGACAAGUUCCUCAAAACGAAAGUUCCAUCCAAGCGGUUGCUUUCUCGAUUUGCCAGCGUUAUCCAUCAAGCGGAUAAUGAACCGGUUCGCAUUCUCCAUAAAUCAUUCAGCGAGUUCAUCUCUAGCCUCGCGAGAUGCGUGGAACCUAUGUAUUUCAUCAACGUCUCAGAUCACGAGCAUCGCGCGGCAGUCAACUGCAUCGCGCAAAUGGAGGUGAUGUUCAAAAGGCCUCGUCUGUUCACACCGGGAGCGAUCCUCAAACUAGACUAUGAUGAAGCCGUUACCUACUCCUGCUCAUAUUGGAUACACCAUGUUAUCGCGGUUGAAGACGGUUCAGAUCGUACGAAGCUGGCAUUGACGGUUUACGACUUCAUGAAGGUGCAUACUUUGCACUGGUUGGAGGCUACGAGUAUUCUCAAGACGUCGCGUUCCACACCGAGCAUCCUCGAGCAACUCUAUCAAUGGGCAAUGGAUGUGGGAAUGGAUGACAUGACAUCUCUGGCCUACGAUGCAUAUCGAUUCGCGACAUUUUUCGCAGAAACCAUCGCUGAGCACCCCGCCUUGAUCACGCAGGUUGCGCUCCCUUUCGUUCCUUUAGAGAGCAAAUUAUAUCAACUAUUCCACGAUCAUCGCGAGCUCCCGACGGUCAUGGGUGGUUAUCAACAAAAGUGGUCACCAUCCUUGCGCGUAUUCCCUAUACUUGACACCAGUGUCAUAUGUGUCUCAUUCUCGCCUGAUAUGACCAAGGUCGUAUCCACCGGUGCCCGCUUCGAUGACGAUGCGCCAAUAAAUGGCGACGAGAAUAACUGUGUUCGGUGCUGGGACGUCGCUACUGGCACGGAGGCUAUGCCAAGCGUCGAGCUAGAGUACACUUCCAUCGCUCAGUUUUCCUCUGAUGGAGCUCAAGUUUGGGUCGCCACUGGGCAAGGCAGUGUCUACGUCCUCGAUGCCGGCACUGGUGAUCGAUUAUCUACAUUAAUCUGGAAUCAAUGGCUCAAGAAACCGGAACACUCCCCUGAUGUAUCCAGGUCGCCUUCUCCAUCCCUUCGGAGUUGGAGGUCCUCAGACGCUGGUUCAAAUCUUGGCUCGGCUCCAAGAAGUAGAGCUCCCAGCAGACCACCAAGCUCCAUGCACCAUACUAUGUCACUGGACACCGGUAUUCCUCAGUCGCACGGUCUUGAGCAGUCGGAAGCAAAUGCUGAAACGAGUGACAGUGAUUCUGCCCAAAGUUCUCCACGAGCAACAUCCUUACCCAUGGAUCCAACUGACCCUGGAGACGUUGCUUCAGACCUCAAUGUUGAGGGUGGCUUUACCAGGGCCGCGUUUUCCAACGAUGGCAAAUGGGUUAUCUUUGGCGAUGAUUCCGGCGAGCUCUAUGUUAUCGAUCGCGAGGCUAGGAAGCAAACAUAUGACACAUUAGAUGAUUGCUCCAGACUCGAGUGGAGGGAAGUUGUUCGAAUGUUCCCCUCCAUCGUGUUUUCGCCGGACAACGAGGUAUUUGCUGCUGGCGCUGGCGACGGAAAAAUCCACAUCUGGCGAACGGAAUCGGGCGAGAAAUUCCUCGAGCUAGAGGGUCACACCAAGGAAAUUAUCCUUCUUGCUUUUAGCCCAGAAGGUGAUAAAUUGUACUCAGCGUCGGAGGACGGAAACGUGAGGACAUGGGAUCCUGUUUACGGAGACGCCGUCGGUUCUGUGACCAUCGACAUCAGAGGGAUCACGAAAUUCCAACCGAUGGCUUUCUCUCCUGAUGGACGUAUGGCGUCGACAUCGACGGACGGCACGAUCCAAAUCUGGGACGCGAGUACUGGCGAAGAAGUAGGGCCUGUUUUGCAAGGCCACUUCAACGCUGUCUCUUCCAUGACCUUCUCUCAAGACGGAAGCAAGCUAGUCUCGGGGGCGUUUAAGAACAACAUUCAAACAUGGGAUGUAUCUGGGAAAGACGAACUUACCAGAUUUUCUCGGCAUGAUCGACCUCCUCAUAAAGUGAUCUUUUCUCCCAGUGGCCUAAUCGUACGCUCAUCAAGACCAAACGAAACCAAAUUUUGGAGUUCGGUGACCGGACGUGAGCUCAAGAUGGAUCCAUACGACAUGUCUGCGACAUUUAUAAAAGAUAUAGCCGAGGACGAUGAAAACGACGAGGAGUUAGCGAGCAAAAUCAAAGAGUACAAAGAAAAAUAUAGCGAUGCGCCGGACACACUCGUAACAUCAUCUGGAGAUAUAGUCACCCUCGUGGAUUCAUUGCCUGAUUCGGAACUAUCAGGCCUAGAGAAGGAAUGGCAGGCUGCCAUCGAAGGGUCCAAUCCGAGGGACCUGACUUGGAAAUAUACAGAUUCGCGUAUCGUCUACCACCACCCCAAGACCAUCAUUGACGACGACGACGACGGUGUGGUCAAGUACGAGACAGAUGGCCAGGAGAUUUGGCGGUUGCCAUUGGAAUUCCGUCAUCGUAGCAAUGAUAUACGACCGAACUUCAUAACCUUCGGAAUUUGGAAUGGACGAGUUUUCGUCAUGCACUUACCUCAGAAACUUGUAACUCGUAACGCUACUGUGUAG